CUCUUUCUUCCCCGAUCUCACUCCCUCUCUAUCUGGCUUCGAUUUCUGCAAAUGGAGAGCUGUAAACCCCAAUCCUUCUUCAAGGACAUCAGAUCUAGAGAGCUCAAUGGCUUCAGAGUUCGAAAACGGCCUUACUCCGGCGUUGACUCAUCGGGGUUUAGUGAAGUUGGGGCUGUGGCCGUUGAGCAUAAUGGCUUUGAUACACCUCCAUUGGCCGUUUCUUUCUGCAAGACAAGUAAAAAUUCCCAUAUCCUUGCUGUGUCUGACGAGGAUGGAUAUGUGAGCUUGUUUGAUAGUCGGCGGAGGCAUCCGUCGUUUGCAUCAUACCAGGAAAACGCAGAGAAAGCAAGACUUUACGAAUGGGUUGCCCAUGAUAAUGCAGUGUUUGAUGUAUGCUGGAUCAAGGAUGACACAUGUAUUCUGACAGCUUCAGGUGAUCAAUCGAUAAAGGUUUGGGAUGCACAGGAAAAGAAAUGUACUGGAAUGUUGAUGGGGCACACAGGAAGUGUGAAAUCUCUGUGCCCUCAUCCAAGUAAUCCUGAUCUUGUUGUCUCUGGUUCAAGAGAUGGGUCCUUUGCUAUUUGGGACCUGAGAGGCGGUUCCAGAACUAGACGUGGGGAUAUCUGGAUACCGUCAACUGCUGUGGUUAAAGGAGCUCAUCUAUCACCUCGAAUGAAGCGGGUUAAGCGUGCUAAGGCUGCUUCCAUGAGCAUUACAUCAGUUCUCUAUCUCAAAGAUGAGGUUUCCAUUGCUACUGCUGGAGCAGUGGACAGUGUCAUUAAGUUCUGGGAUACACGAAACCUGAAAGCUCUGGUUACUCAGGCAAGCCCUCAUUCAACUUCAGUUGCAAAGGAAAGAAGAUUACAUGGUAUAUCUAGCUUGUCACAAGAUUCAAAUGGUGUGUUUAUUUCAGCAUCCUGCAUGGAUAAUAGGAUUUACUUGUACAAUGUACUGAAUCUUGAAAAAGGUCCAAUAAACUCUUUCUCUGGAUGUCGAAUAGAAUCCUUCUAUGUAAAGUCAACAAUUAGCCCUGAUGCAGCUCACAUACUUAGUGGUUCCAGUGAUGGAAGCGCCUACAUAUGGCAGGUGAACAAGCCGCUAGCAGAUCCCAUAUUAUUGAAAAGUCAUGAAGGAGAAGUUACAGCAGUAGAUUGGUGUUCAUCUGAGCUUGGAAAAAUAGCAACUUCCUCAGAUGAUUACACAGUUCGCGUUUGGGACAUGCAGAGAGGUUGUUCCUCAAGCUCAAGAUCUCCAUCUUCCAUUAGAAGGAGAGUAAUAGCAAUCCCAAACAUGGAACCUAGAAAUAUUUUCAUGCAUGAAGAACCAUCGAGUUGCACAAAGGAUUCUAGGACUUUGUGUCCACCAGAUGAAGUAGCUGACCAACUCAACUCACAUAAUCCAAUUACAAUGCCCAAAAUCAGUACUCCUGAAUCCCAAAAGCAACAGUCAUUUUCAUUGGAACUGGAUUUGCAAGAAACUUUUGAGAAAACCCCAGAUGCUGCAUUGAAGAGCCCAGCUUCUGUUUUGAACCCUCCUCCCUCCUUGAAAAGGAAAACAAUCAGAGAUUACUUUCUAGCGUCUUCAUGAAACUUACUGGUUCAUUCCUCAAGACUAUUUUUGUCAUACAGCACUGCCAUGAUCCUUUUUGGUCAAGAAAAAGGUGGAGCAGCAGCUUUUCGGAUAAUUGAGAGAGGUGGUAUGUGAAAUGUAAAGCGGGAUUUCAUCAUCAGCAUGGCAAGAAUAAAACAAAAGUAUAUAGAUACAUGUAAUGAAGUUGGAAGGAUUUUGAUGUAGAUGUUUUGUUCAUUACGGGGGGUUUCAUUCAUUUGUACCGCAAUAGGAAAAGGCAAAGUGGAAGUACAGUAAAAGGCAAAAUUAGGAUCUCAUUCCAUUGUACUUGAAUCUUAAGAUUU